AUGUCUGCCCAGAUCAUCAGCGUUGAGAGCAAGUGUCUGCGAGUGAGUGUUCGCAUUGACCAGCAGGGCGCGGCUUGUCUCGAUGCGGUAAUCCCGACACGAAGUGCCCAGCCAGACUCGGUCUCCAAGUACUUUCCAGAUCACCAUGCUCCUCUGGUGGAGGUCCGCCUAGCCGGUGAAGGGACCGAGAAGCACAAGUCGUCAAAGGCCUUGCUUGGAACGUACGUUGGGCCGCGACUGCGCUACCAAACCCACGACAUCCAUACCGGAGAAGGCGCCAAAACCCUUAACGUCUCUCUCGCAGAUGGUAGCCUCACAGUAGUCUCCCAUCUUACAGUCUACAAUACAACUCCAGUUGUGCGUGCAACGGCUUCAGUCCGAAACAAUAGCGACCAGGAUGUCGUCGUUACUCAAAUCACCUCUCUUGUGCUAGGAGGCGUAACUACCGGGUCCUCCAAGUGGUGGGCUGAUUAUACCCUGUCAGUCCCAACUAACUCCUGGUUCCGCGAGGCACAAUGGAUCGAGCACGAUCUCCCCAGUAUCGGGGUGGAUGACUACGGAGUAUACGGUCGUCCAGAGAACCACUAUGCCUCCCUAGGCCACUAUGCAGUGUCUAACCGGGGGACCUUCUCGACGGAGGGCCACCUCCCCAUGGGCCUGCUGAAGCGCCGCGAUAAUGCUGAAACAUGGCUGUGGCAGGUAGAGAACAACGGUUCGUGGCGAUGGGAAAUCGGCGACUGGAAGGACAGUGUCUAUCUUGCCGCUGGGGGCCCUGUCGAAACCGACCACGACUGGCGUCAACGAUUAGGGCCAGGGGAGGAGUUCACGACCGUACCCGUUGCACUCUGCCAUGUCUUCGAUGACUACGAGAAAGCCUUUGCAGGUUUGACCCAGUAUCGACGGGUUAUCAGACGGAAGCACUCAGAUAACGAACACCUCCCUAUCAUCUUCAACGACUACAUGAACUGCCUCAUGGGCGAUCCGACCGACGAGAAGAUCCUAGCUCUAGUCGACCCCGUCGUUAAAGCCGGGGCAGAAUACUUCGUUAUCGACUGCGGAUGGUACGCCGACGACGCAGGAUGGUGGGACGACGUCGGAGAAUGGGAGCCAUCCAAGAAACGCUUCUCUAAAGGUUUAAAGCACCUCCUCGGUCAACUGAGAGAAAAGGGCCUGACCCCAGGUCUAUGGAUCGAGCCUGAAGUCAUCGGAGUGCGCAGCGUCGUUGCGGACGAACUCCCCUAUGAAACCUUCUUCCAGCGCGAUGGCCAGCGCGUCGUCGAGAAAGGCCGGUACCAACUUGACUUUCGACACCCGGCUGUCCGCGAUCGCAUGCAUGGCAUAAUCGGACGUCUAGUGAAUGAUUUUGGAGUUGGAUAUUUCAAAUUCGACUAUAACAUCGAAGUCACCCAGGGGACUGAUAUUGACUGCUCCAGCCCGGGAUCAGGGCAACUGGGUCACAACCGCGCGUACUUACGCUGGGUCAACGAGCUGUAUGAUAGAUUCCCUGACCUGGUCAUUGAAAACUGCUCCAGUGGUGCCCAGCGUAUGGACUACGCUAUGCUUGCAACUCAUUCUCUGCAAUCAACAAGCGACCAGCAGGAUUCGGAUCGGUACGCGGCCAUUUCUGCUGCGCUGCCGACAGCUGUUACCCCGGAGCAGGGCGCAACUUGGGCAUAUCCUCAGCCAGAAUGGGAUGAUGAAACCAAUGCGAUGACGGUUGUCAACAGCUUACUGGGCCGUAUCCAUCUCAGUGGCCGCCUGGAUAUCUUGCAGCCGCACCAGUUUGAUAUAAUCAAAGAGGGAAUGGAUGUUUACAGGUCGAUUCGCGCGGACUUGACGACAGCGACUGCAUUCUGGCCAUUAGGGCUCCCACAUUGGCAUGAUGACUGGCUUGCACUUGGGAUGGCAGCUGCGUCAGGGGGGAGGUAUUAUAUUUCUGUUUGGAGGCGAGGUGGUGCUGAUACUGUUGAAUUGUCGGUGCCUCAGCUGAAAGGGCGUGAGGUCAAGGCUGGGCUGCUCUAUCCUGCUUCUUUUAAUGCAGAGAGCGAGUGGAAAGCUACAGAUGGUGUAUUGAGGGUCAAGGUCCCGUCGGAGCUGUGUGCUCGACUAUUCAGGUUGACCAUUGUCUAA